GUUACUUAAUAUUUUACGCGUAAAACAAAUAUUUAUCCGUCACUACAUCCCAUUUUAGACGAAAACAACAAUUUAAUCUCAUUCUCUUCUCUUCGCUCUCUCUCUCUCUACACCAUGGCGAAUCUCACCUUAGAGCUCAACAUCUACUCUGCAAAGGAUCUUGAAAAUGUCAACCUCAUCACCAAGAUGGACGUAUACGCCGUCGUUUCGAUCAACGGCGAUGAUUCCCAGAAGAAUCACAAGGAGAAAACAGCCGUUGACAGAACCGGAGGAUCUGAGCAUACAUGGAACCACGCCGUCAAGUUUUCCGUCGAUCAAAGGUUGGCACGUGAAGGCCGUCUGACCCUCGUCGUGAAACUGGUCUGCGAUCGAAUGUUCGGAGGCAAAGAUCUAGGAGAAGUCCAAGUUCCUGUUCUUGAGCUUCUCAUUUCCUCGCCGUCAUUUAACGGUGAUGGUAACGGUAACGGAAACGGACAAGGGAUGAGAUUUGUAACGUAUCAGGUGAGAACUCCGUCUGGGAAAGGGCAAGGCUCCUUGACUUUCUCGUACCGGUUCGAUAUGCCUUCGUUUAAACCGGAUCUAAUGGAUUCACCGGUUCAAUCGAAUCCGGUUGAUUCAUCUCCUGUUCUCCCGCCGGCGAGCUGUCCUCCGGCGACUGAAGCUGGUUUCUAUCCACCACUAUCGUCAAUUGGACAUCCUCCGUCGUCUCAGCCGCAAGGCUAUCCCGCGCCGCCGUGUCCAUACCCGUACCAGCACCAGUACAGUUCUCAUUACCCGGAACAGCCGGUCACCGCUUACCCACCGUCUUCCUCCGCCUCGAAUCUCUAUCCUCCGCCGUCGUACGGUGCUUCUCCGCAGGAUCAUGCCAAUGUGUAUCCGCCGCCGUCUUACGGUGGUUCUCCGCCGCAUCAUUUCAAUGUGUAUCCGCCGCCACCUGAUAAACCCGUUCAUUCGUACCACCAGAUGCAACCGUCACAGUCGUUUCACGGGUACGCGCCGCCGUCUCCUGGUAAACCCGGUCACUCGUACCACCAAAUGCAGCCGUCACAGUCGUUUCACGGGUACGCGCCGCCGUCUCCUGAUAAACCCGGGCACUCGUUCCACCAAAUGCAACCAUCACAUUCGUUUCACGGGUAUGCGCCGCCGCCGUCUCCACAGACUCAGCAUGGGUAUUGUUAUCCGCCGCCCGGAUACGGGCACGAUCGUCCGCCGACGCAAAUGCCGCCCAAGAAUAAUAAACCUGGGGUUGGGCUUGGAAUGGGAGCUGGGCUUUUGGGAGGAGCAUUAGGUGGGCUUUUACUCGGCGAUUUAGUGUCUGACAUUGGCUUUUGAUUUUAAAAUGUUUACUUGUGAGAACUGAGAAAAUUCGUUUUCUUUAUUUUUUGUGUUGUCAAUAAUUCCAGUUGCGUGGCAUGACAUAUACAGUAUUUGGUUUUGUUUUUGUUUUUGUUUUUUUUUUGUUUUUUGAUGGAGAACCUGUCGGUAGAUUGCAAUGUCAAUGUGCAUACAAGUCAUA